AUGUAUGUAAAUCCAUUGAAAGAUAAUGUUGAAGGAGAGGGAGAUUUUGAAAGUAGUUUGAUGGCUGCAUCAUUCACUCAAGAAAAUUGUAGAAAAAUGCUUGCUAGGAUGGUUAUCUUGGAUGAAUUGCCAUUUAAGUUCGUAGAAACCAUUGCCUACUUGGUUAAAAAGUUUAAAGGCAGAAAUGGGUUGGUGUUGGAUGGUGAAUUUAUUCACAUUAGAUGUUGUGCUCAUUAUCUUAAUUUAAUUGUUAGUGAUGCCUUAAAAGAUUUGCAUGUGUCUAUCAUUCGAAUCAGAAAUGCUGUGAAGUAUGUUAGGUCAUGUCCUGCUAGAUUGCAAAUAUUUAAAGAUUUUGCUAAAGAAGAUAAGAUGUCAACAAAAAAUUGUCUUACAAUGGAUGUUCCGAGACGAUGGAAUUAUACUUUUACUAUGUUGGAUGGAGCAAUUAAGUGUCAAAAGACUUUUGAAAGAUUGGAGGAGCAUGACCCUAGUUAUUUGCCAAAGGAUGAUAUUCCUACUACUGAAGAUUGGGAUAAUGCAAAAGUGUUUCUAAAGUUCCUAAAGACUUUUUCAGAGGUAACAAUGAAGUUUUCUGCAUCUAUGUCUGGGACUUCAAACAUUAUUUUUCAUGAACUUUGUUUGAAGCAAGAAAUAAUUUGUGAAUACUCAUCGUAUGAGAAUGCAUUAUUGAGUCAAAUGACAUUAAGCAUGCAGACAAAAUUCAACAAGUAUUGGGGUAUAACUACAAGUGAGAAGACCAAUUUAUUAUUGUAUCUUUCUGUAGUUCUUGACCCUAGAUUUAAACAAAGUAACAAAACAUGUUUAGAUGAUGCUAAAACAGAGGUGACUCGUUAUCUGGAUGAGGCUCGUAUAGAUUGUAUGGGCGAUGAAUAUUUAGAUUUGCUAACUUGGUGGAAGGUGAAUUUCUCUCGGUUUAAGAUCAUUAGCCAAGUAGCUAGGGACAUCUACAGUAUUUCUAUAUCAACUAUGCCUUCUGAGUCUGCCUUUAGCACUGGAGGACGGGUGUUAGAUUCUUUUCGAAGUUCUUUAACUCCUGAAACUGCAGAGGCACUUAUUUGUGCUUAG